AUCCAUUGCCCACUCUCUAAGUUUGUUAGGACGGAGAGAAAGAGAGAGAGAGAGAGAGAGAGAGAGAGAGAGAGAGUCGCUAUUAAUAUCGAGGAAGCUUUUGCGGGAGGGAGAGUGUCAAGAGGUUUUUUUUUAUUUCUCUCGGUGGCGGAAGAAUGGCGAAGCUGAUGCAAAGGUUGGUCCUUUUGGCCGUCCUCCUCCUCCUCGUCGCGGCAGCUGGCCUCACCCCCGCCGCCGCCGCGGCGGACGGAGGAGCUGGAGGGGACCUUCCACUGGGCUGGAUCCCGUCCCUCUCCGGCUGCCGCGGCAGCAUCGCGGAGUGCCUCGCGGGCGAGGAGUUUGACCUGGGAUCCGAGGUGAGCCGCCGCUUCCUGGCCACCUCCAGCUACAUCAGCUACGGCGCGCUCAAGCGCGACACCGUGCCCUGCUCCCGCCGCGGCGCCUCUUACUACAACUGCCGCCCCGGCGCCCAGGCCAACCCCUACUCUCGCAGCUGCUCCGCCAUCACCCAGUGCCGAGGAGGUUAAAGAGGGGGAUCAUGCAGAUCUCGGCUCCAAUCCGAGGAAAUACCCAUUUUUAGGAAGGAAAAGUGACGAAUUUGGUAUGUUGUCUUGGUGGUUCUGUUCUGAGUCUUAAAUAAUUGUUAUUGUUAUUGAUGAUACUGCUGUUGUUAUAUUGGUGUUGUAAACAAGACUCGUAUGUGAUUCGUGUAAAAAGACUUCCUCUCCUUCUAA